UGCGUGAGGAACGGAUUAAACGUCCGUCUCGAGCUGCUGUCUUUCCGUGAAAGAACUGCAGACCCGUCGACUUUACCGGCGUUAACAACCGGAACGGCGUCUUGACGACUCGUUCGUUAACCACACGAGCUUUUAUUGAGAAUUAGGGAUGAACUGAGAAUGAAUGUUAACCAGCAACCUCACAUGGCCUCUCCUUAUGGGCAGCCUCAGCCUGGAUAUCAGGGCUAUCCCCAGCCUGGCUAUGGGGGUGGACACGUGCCCGCGGGCAUUCCCGCCCAGUACGCUCCUUAUAAUGGUCCAGGCGCAGCUCACCAACAAGGUCAACCACAAGGAUAUUCUCCUUAUGCAAGCUUUCCUUCUAAGACUGUCGCAGCAAACUUAGUCUCUGACCUGUCCUCCUCCUCUCCUCUUGAUCUAGGUAUGAGAGGACCCCCAACCUCAGGAGCACCACCUGUGACACCUGUCCAGGACUAUUCUCAGUUUGGAGACUCUCAGAACGGCCCACCUCCGAUGGGUGCUCCACCACAGAGGCCUUCAGUGUCUCAGCCAUACACUCCAGGAGCAGUAAACCUGUCCGGUCCUCAGCCCCCAUACAACCAACAGUACGGAGCGCCACCCAACAGCAUGCAACAGAUGACCAAUCAAAUGUCCAUUAUGCAGGUUGGACCAACGGCUCCCUCUCCUGCUGGCCCAGGCUAUGCUCCUCCCUCUGUAUCCCAGGCUCCUGUCUCUGCUGCCUACACACCUGCAGCUCCUCACACUUUUUCACCCACAUCUGCUGGUCCCACACAUCCUCCUCCUACUGAAGGUGUGGCUCAGCCUCCCCCUCAAUCCUACUACGGAGCGCCACCUUCUGCACAGCAGCCGUUCCCAAACGCCGCUCCUGCUUUCUCCUCUGCUGGCCCCACCCACCCCCAAGCCCCGCCCCCUGUCUCCCAGCAAUCCUUCCCUCAAUCUCCACCUGUCUCUCAGCCUUCUUUUUCAACAGCCCCACCUCCAGGUCCCAUUCCAGGACCCAGAACCCAUUCGUACGGUGGCCCACCUCCUGGAGCACAGACAUCUUUCCAAAGACCUCCACUUCCCACCUCCCAGCCCUCUGCGUUCCCAGGGGGACCCACCUCCCAGCCCUCUGCGUUCCCAGGGGGACCCACCUCCCAGCCUUCUGCGUUCCCAGGGGGACCCACCUCCCAGCCCUCUGCGUUCCCAGGGGGUCCCACCUCCCACCCCUCUGCGUUCCCUGGAGGUCCACCACCUACCUCUGCACCUUCUCAGAUACCGGGGGUCAGUCCACCCCAGCCGCCAGGUUCUCAACCUUCGUCUUACCACUCAGGACCUCCCCCUACCGCAGCUGGGUUUCCACCACAAGGGGGUCCUCCACAGAGGCCUCACCUUUCUGGAAUGCAAGCUCCCCCUCAUAUGACUUCUCAAGGUCCUACAAUGGUACAGGCGAACCAUGUACCCCCUUCACAACCUGGCAUGCUGCCUGCUCCUCCCAACGCUAGUAUGUCAGGGCCGCCACAACAGCCAGGAAUGCAGGGCUAUCCUCCUCAGCAAAAUGGUGCUUUUGGGCAGCACAGAGGUCCUCAGCCUGGCUAUGCAGGGCCAUAUGCUGGGCAGCAGAACUAUGGCGCACCUUCUGCUGCUCCUGCUCCAGCACCAUCCGCCCCAAAGAGGCUCGAUCCAGAUUCAAUCCCAGGCCCGAUUCAGGUUAUUGAGGAUGACAAAGCAAACAAGGGAAGUGAACCUUUUACUACAGGCGUCAGAGGUCAAGCCCCACCUCUGGUCACCACCAACUUCCAGGUUAAAGAUCAAGGGAAUUCAAGUCCACGCUACAUACGUUGCACAGCCUACAACGUGCCCUGUAAUGCCGACAUGGCCAAGCAGUCACAGGUCCCCCUGGCUGCUGUCAUUAAACCCCUGGCCACUCUUCCCCCAGAUGAGACAGCACCAUAUCUCGUGGAUCAUGGAGAAAGCGGUCCCAUCCGCUGUAAUCGCUGUAAAGCUUACAUGUGUCCGUACAUGCAGUUUAUCGAAGGCGGACGCCGUUUCCAGUGCGGCUUCUGCAGCUGCGUCACCGAGGUGCCUCCCCAUUACUUCCAGCAUCUGGAUCACACUGGGAAGAGAGUGGACUGCUAUGAGCGACCAGAGCUCUCAAUGGGAAGUUAUGAGUUUCUGGCUACUGUGGACUACUGUAAGAACAAUAAGUUUCCUCAGCCACCAUCCUUCAUCUUCCUGAUCGAUGUGUCCUACAACGCCGUGAAGAGCGGCAUGGUGGGAAUUGUUUGCCAGGAGCUGAAGACACUCUUGGAUUACUUGCCCAGAGAGAACCCUGACAUGGAGUCAAACAUUCGAGUCGGGUUUGUCACCUACAAUAAAGUGCUUCAUUUCUAUAAUGUGAAGGCCUCGCUCGCCCAGCCGCAGAUGAUGGUUGUAUCGGAUGUGUCCGAUAUGUUUGUUCCACUGUUAGAUGGUUUUCUGGUCAAUGUCCAGGAGUCAAGGGUGGUUAUUGAGAGUUUGUUGGAUCAGAUCCCGGAGAUGUUCGCAGACACGCGGGAAACAGAAACUGUGUUUGGGCCUGUCAUUCAGGCGGGGCUGGAGGCACUAAAGGCUGCAGACUGUGCUGGAAAGCUCUUUAUUUUCCACUCAUCUCUGCCGAUCGCAGAGGCCCCAGGCAAACUGAAGAACCGGGAGGAUAAGAAACUAGUGGGCACUGAUAAAGAGAAGUCACUUUUCCAGCCACAGGUUGGUUUUUACAACACUCUGGCAAAGGAAUGCGUGGCCCAGGGUUGCUGUGUGGACCUCUUCCUCUUUCCUAACCAGUAUGUUGAUGUAGCAACGUUAGGGGUAGUGCCCACUUCAACGGGUGGCUCCAUCUACAAAUACACCUACUUCCAGGCCCCAACUGACCAGGAGCGUUUCCUCAAUGACUUGAGAAGAGAUGUCCAGAAACCGAUGGGCUUCGAUGCUGUAUUGAGGGUCCGCACCAGCACAGGUAUCCGAGCGACAGACUUCUUCGGUUCCUUUUACAUGAGCAACACCACAGAUGUAGAGCUGGCAGGACUAGACUGCGACAAGACCGUUACCGUGGAGUUCAGACACGACGACAAGCUCAGCGAGGAGACCGGAGCUCUAAUGCAGUGUGCGGUUCUGUACACAAGCUGCAGCGGCCAGCGACGCCUUCUCAUCCAUAACAUGGCAGUAAACUGCUGCUCUCAGCUGGCAGAUCUGUACAGGAACUGCGAGACAGACACCAUCAUCAACUUCUUUGCCAAAUAUGCAUAUCGCAGUGUACUCAGCAGUCCCACCAAGAAUGUACGUGACAGCCUGGUGAAUCAGUGUGCACAGAUCUUGGCCUGCUACCGCAAGCACUGCGCAAGUCCAUCUUCAGCGGGACAGUUGAUUCUGCCUGAGUGCAUGAAGCUGCUGCCCGUGUAUCUGAACUGCAUGCUGAAGAGUGAUGUUCUCCAGCCGGGGGCAGACGUCUCUCUUGACGAUCGUGCCUAUCUGAGACAGCUGAUCAGCAGCAUGGAUGUAGCCGAGAGUCACGUGUUCUUCUACCCUCGACUUCUUCCACUGCAAAAGCUGGAUGUUGAGAGCACGACUCUGCCUGUAGCCGUGAGAGACUCAGAGGAGAGACUAUCUAGAGGAGGAGUGUACCUGUUAGAGAACGGAAUGAACCUUUUCCUUUGGGUCGGGGCGAAUGCCCAACAAGAGCUGCUUCAGAAUAUCUUCGGAACGCCUUCAUUUAACCAUAUAGACCCCAGCAUGACGUCUCUGCCGGCUUUGGAUAAUCCUUUUUCAAAGAGACUGAGGGAGAUUAUCGAGACCAUCAGGACACAGCGCUCACGAUACAUGAAGCUCAUUGUGGUGAAACAGGAAGACAAACUGGAGCUGAUCUUCAAGCACUUCCUGGUGGAAGAUAAGAGCAACAACGGCGGGGCCUCUUAUGUGGACUUCCUGUGUCACAUGCACAAGGAGAUUCGGCAGCUCCUGAGCUAGGACCACUAGUCGUCCUCCUUCCCUGGCUCUCUUCUGAGAAGCGCUUUAUCUUUUUAUUUUACCUAAUAGACACCUUUGCCCAUCAUCUCCUCUUCCUCAAAUAUAAUCUCGCCCACCCACCGUGACUCAUAAGGAGGAAGGCUUAUAUCCUUACAGGAUAUAAUGCUCCAUCAGAUUAUGGUGUUCUUUUGGUUUUAGUGAUGGGAGUUUUGGCCAGAUCUUCUCUCUGUCUGAAACUGUGCAUCUGUGAGCAUGUGGUCGGAAGGGAGAAGUGGUGUUUCGUUGCCCACCCUUCCAGUCCACAUCUGAUUUGGGAUCAGUUUGUGAAGCCUCAAUUAGUCCUCUACUGGGUUUUAGAGCGCAUGUGCGCAUGAUGGUUGACUGUGAACGUCGAUGUUGAUUGUACUGGGUGUUCUGUAAGAAACGCUAGCACUGAUUCAUGGUCUCUAGGUACAGGAGGACAGAAAAAUUAAGCUUGUUAGAAAUGAAUCUAGACCUUCUCAAUACAAUAAAUUGAAAUUCCAGUAUAUAUACAUUUUAGAAUCAAUUUGAUUUCUUUAUCCGAUUCUCGUUCAGCUUGUCUUUGAUAAAUUAUCUCUAAACCUUGGCCUUACCGAUGCAGUUUUUCCUUUUCUCAUCCAUAAUUCUGUUUAUCAUGUCAAAUUUUUUUCUUUUGUUGUCACCAUUAUUCAUUUUGUAAAUGUGUGCAAAUACCCUUGCCUAAUAGACUCUGUGGGAUUUUGAAGUGUGGUGUCUUUUACUCUUUCAAAAUAAAAGUCUAUGCAUCAGCUUAUCCUCGAAAAUAGCGAAGGCAGUAUACAAGCCUGCCGACUAAAUGAAACGGGAGCCGAAUUUAUUUGUACUUUUCUUUAAUGCUUAGCGUCGCCAUCUGCCUCCAUGAUAAGUGUUAUAGUGUCACUUCUACAUCCUGAAUUUUCCCAUCUCGGAGAGGGUACGGAUCACCUUCAGAUGCCGCUCUAACAGGGAGAUGAAUUUCAGAUGAGCUUGUUAGGAGAAUGGUGGAGAUUCCUCCACGGAUGGUUCAUUAAUUGGGCAUAUAUUAUAGAAGCACUGACGAAUUCUUCAGGCAUUCAUUCGGUUCCCUUUUCAAUUUUUUUCUUCUUUUCCUGCUAGUAACCUGUUCUACAAAUGUGCUCGAUCAUGUAUCUUUUAUGAUUUAAUGUUAUGUUUAAAUCUGUUUGGAAGGUUUGUAAUCCUGCGCUAGGUGGUGUCUCGCGGCUGAGAUCUCCUGCUCGGGGUUUGUAGGGUAUUAAUCCUCGUGCAAUUGAAGCCUUGUGCUAAGACUCGAGUGUGGGACUCUGGGAAACAGACCAUUUCUAACAGUUUUCCAAAGCGAACGUUUUCAAACACAUGCAGAGUUGUGACCUUAAAAGCAAUCAACACUGAAUUCCUUGUCAUCACAUUUAUUACAUGUACAGAAUUAAAAAUCACAUUUUAAAAAUGA